AUGGAGCAACACAAGUGCACUUUUGUGAUUGUGGGGAAGCUGAAACAGGGCAAGUACGAGCUUCUGCAGGAGUACAAUCAGAGGCGGGAGUCCAACUGCCUGGUGGAGCUGAGCAACCAAGUCAGCCUGCUGCGGAUGCAGAAGCGCCACUUUCCAGGAACCUACACAGCUGGCCAGCAGGAGAGGGCCAAGGAGCCUGUCCCGGAAGGCAGCAGAGACUCCUGGGUACAGACGGGGCCCCUGACGCACAAGGAGAAAAGGCACUUCCCAGCCAAAAGCCAUGCCAUAUUUGGAUGACACUCACUCAGCUCCGGUGACACCCAGAUACGUGGG